AUGGAAGCAGCAGACGGAUUUAGUGUUGAUGAACUCAACUGUGCUGACCCCUCGACCCACUCCUCUAUUAAAAAAGAUGGAUAUGUGAAUAAAUCCAUCGCCUCCCUUAAGCCAUGCAGGUCACUCCAAUCGGAUGAGGAGGUCAAAAAAACAUUAAGCAUCAUCGUCAAAGACAGAGACGGUGUGAUUGAGGUAAAAUACGAGAUACCGUUAAGCCUGGAUGCCAACAGGAAUGAAGCUGGCUUUUAUCUCGGACGUUUGUGUAGGGUAUACACUACCGAAAUCUUUGCUCUAGAUCCUCAGUCCCUUCGGAGCUCACCAGCAGGAAUGUCUUACUAUAUCAAAGUUUUAAAGGCAGAUCACUUGGAUUCCUUGAAGAUGAUAACACGCUUUUUAGGACACCAAUCAGCUAUUGGGCCCACAAUCCAAGGAGUUAUGGUGCUGGUUUGCAUUAAGGCAAUUUAUUACCGAAGAAUACUUUCAACGAUUGAUGGAAGAUCACUUAACAAAGUUGAAGUCGUUGUCUUUGACGACACUUCCGACAGCAGAUUGACCAUGUGCGGAGCAAUUUCAUGUUCAGCAAGGACCUGGAUUCUCCUUAUAACCUCUGCCCAUAUUGAAGGAUGGGAAGAUAAAUACCAUCUCAUAGUGAAUCAAGCCACAACGAUUGAUGUUAACCCAGCCGCCGAAGCUACAGCACGGCUACGAGCUUACGCUCAGCUCCUCAAGCCACCUACAUUCAUCUCACCUCAGUUUCCCGUAAAUCAGGUUUUUGACUGGGAGAGAGAGUUAAAUAGUACCAACAAUGUUAGGUUACUUUAUCGUUUUAGAGAAAUCAAUAAUUUCGCAAAAUCACGCCCCCAGGACCAAUGUAUCGGCUAUAUAAGUGUCAUCAUUGGUGAAAUUAACCUAGUUUCUAUAAAACAAUGUCUCCCAAUCUCUGAUGCAAGACAUGCUGAUCUUUUAUACAUCUGCGAAACCCCCGUCUUUACAAAUGAACUCCAAGUCGAAUGUAUAAGAUGCAAUGGGGGAGUCCGAAAUCUACUCCCUAAUCGUGAUAUUAUCGGACUUAUCACUGAUGAAACUGGAUGCCUGUCUGGAAACAAGGCAAUAUUUUCUCAUCGUUCUUGGGGUAGUUUCUUUGGCUGCUCAGUUGAAGCGCUGGCUAGGGGAGCGAGCAUCGAUAACUUUCGACACUUUGAACAGAGAAAUCUCUUCACCAGACUUACCAUGGUCUUUGGCCUAGAUCGCAAAAUUGAGGUGAUUUCAAUUUGGGAUAUCCAGAGAUAG